UCCUCUGGCUCUCUCCCAGCCUGCUACCGGCUGGUACCAAUCAAGCAGGGGCUUCGCUGCAGCAGGGGAGUGGCUCAGCGAGGCUGGAGAGCAGAAAUACAUCCCACUGCCUUCUAGCCAACGAGAGGCAGAGAAAGAUAAGAGGAGAGGUACUGACAGUCCCAGACAGACAGACAGACUGACAGGCUGCUGCGAGAGUCUUGUGGAAUCGAAGAUGACGUUGCUGUGGUUCCUGGUUGCUUUAGGGGCGCUCUCGUCUUCACUGGGAGACAAGGAAUCCCUCGUGAGAACACGGAGAGGAACACGCAUGUUCAGAGAGCACUGUAAGGACUGGCUGUCCACGGAGGUUCACAGUCAAGGGGAGACGUGGCUGCGCUGGUAUGGCUUGAGAGUGGAAUACUGCCGCUGUGCCAACGGGAACAGCAGGUGCCACGCGGUGCCCGUUGUGGAAUGCAGCAGGAGUCGGUGCUACAACGGGGGCUCCUGCAAGCAGGCGCGCUACUCCCCCGAAUUCAUCUGCAGCUGCCCCAGCGGCUUCGCGGGACCCCAGUGUGAGAUCGACACGGCAGAGAAGUGUGUCACCGGGCGCGGGGGCGGGUACCGCGGAACCUGGGGGCAGAGCCGGUCCUCCAUCGACUGCCUGAACUGGAACUCCAGUGUCCUCAUCGACAAGAAGUACAACGCGAGGAGAAACGACGCCCUGCAGCUGGGCCUGGGGAACCACAACUACUGCAGGAAUCCUGAUAAUGACACUGCGCCCUGGUGCCAUGUGUACAAAAACAAGCAGCUGGUGUGGGAGUUCUGCAGUGUGCCCAGCUGUCCUCGGGGUAACUUGGCGGAGUGCUACUCUGGCACUGGCUCCUCGUACCGUGGCUCACAGAGCAGCAGUCGCACGGGCGCCCGGUGCCUGAGCUGGGACUCGCCCGCCCUCGCCAAGAAAGCCUACAACGCCUGGAGAGCCGACGCCAGGCAGCUCGGGCUGGGCAGCCACAACCACUGCAGGAACCCAGACAACAACGUCAAGCCCUGGUGCCACGUGUACAGAGGCAGAGCCCUCACCUGGGAGCACUGCGACCUGCCCAAGUGCGUGGGUUACCCAGGCAGCAGCUCCACAGUGGGGUCCCCAGGAUUGCUGAGUGGAAACGGCAAUGCAGUCGAGAGCUGUGGGGAGCGGCUGGCCCCUGUCUCUCAGUACCGGAUUAAGGGGGGUCAGGUCUCCAGCAUCACCUCUCACCCCUGGCAGGCUGCUCUCUUCGUGUACAACCGCCACGCCCGUGCCGACUCCUACUUCUGCGGGGGUGUUCUGAUUGGCUCCUGCUGGCUGCUGUCUGCCGCCCACUGCUUCGAGGAACGGUUCCGUCCUGAUCUGCUCAAGGUAGUGAUGGGACGCACCUACCGGCUUCAGAACUCUACCAACGAGCAGAUCUUCAGAGUGGAGAAAUACUUCAUCCACGAGCAGUACGACAGCGAGACCUUUGACAACGAUAUAGUUUUGUUGAAGCUGAUGAGUGACUCGGGGGCGUGUGCGCUGGAGACCUCCUUCGUCCGGCCGGUCUGCCUCCCCGACCCCGGCCUCUCUCUCCCGGACUGGUCUGAGUGUGAGAUCUCUGGCUAUGGCAAGGAGGAGGAGUUCUCUGCUUUCUACUCUGAGCGGCUGAAGGAGGGUCAUGUCCGGCUCUGGCCAUCCCGAGACUGCACCUCGGACCGUCUCUCCGAUCGGCUCAUCACGGAGAACAUGCUCUGCGCCGGAGACACGCGUGGGCUGGACGACGCCUGCAAGGGCGAUUCUGGGGGUCCCCUGGUUUGCUCCAGCGGGGGGCGGAUGAACCUCAUCGGCAUCAUCAGUUGGGGGGACGGCUGCGGGAAGAAGGACACCCCAGGGGUUUACACCAGAGUGAGCAAAUACCUGGGCUGGAUCAACGGCAAGAUCAGCCAGGCGACACGGUAGAGAGGAGCCAGCCAGCCAGCCAGCAAACACACACACACGCAGCCUGGACCGUCUGGCUAAAACCACUUCCCCUUUAACAUCACAAUGGCAGACACCUGGCCUGGACUCGCUAGCCCUCCCUGUGGGAUCUGUGAGGGAAGCAGUUCUGCACCGUGUGGAUCACUGUUACCAGGACCUUCUGAGUGUCAGCAGAUCAAACUAAAGAGACAAAGCCAUUCCCAGCACCGCAUAUAUAUGUGUGUGUCUGCAUCCAUGCUACUUUUUAAACGUUUCUAUUCUCUGUGAAGCAGUUUUAACGUUCAGAACCUGAUUGAGUCGCGUGUGCAGGGCACUGCUAGUUUGCACAGUAACCCAGUCUUUUGUGUGUGUGUGUUGGAUUGUGAAUGAAGCAGUCAGUCCAGGUCUCAGCUCACAACUAUAUCCGCUCCCCACUUGUUUCCAUGCAGACGGUUUAAAGCAGGUCUAAACCACUCUCGCCACCCAGAAAGACUGCAUUUCAACAGAGACUCUCCUGUAUGCUGCAGAAGAGACUGCUCCAUCCCCAACAGUACUGUUUUUAAACUCCUCCGUUGUGUUUCAGUGCAGAGUGCUGAAGGCUGUUGCACAGUCCAGUAAGACUCGACACACCGAGAGACUUUUUAAAAAGUUUUAUGAUUGUUAUUAUUAUUUAUUUUUAUUGUGUGUUUUUGUGCAUAUAAUAAUUGU